UUACUUCAACAAAUAGCUCGCUUGCCGCUGCCCAGAAGACACUUUUGUUAGCCAAACGUCAUUGAAGCAGUUUUGUGAUUGCAGUGGGAAAAUGUCUGCAACGACCACAGCAGCAAAGUACGUGAAAGAAAAGGACCGCUGUCGUCGACGACUGGAACAUCUUUGGCUGCAGCCUUAUGUUGUGUUGCGCAGAGCAGACAUCAGUGAAGCUUUUCGUCCUAAGCAGGAGGAGCCGGACCGCACACGCAUUAAAGAGGAAGAUGUGGGCAAGGAGGUCCACCACUUCAAUGAACAAAUGGAGCAGAAGUUUCUUUGCACUAAAAAAGAGGAGGAAGAGCCGGAGCGGCCUUGUCAGAAAGAGGACGGAGAGGACUCCUGCGACAUCAAAAAGGAGGAGGAAGAUACCUGCGAGAUGCCAUUGACUGGUGUACUUGUGAAGUGUUUAGAUGAGGCUCAACGUGAGGUGAGCAAAGGGGCGGAGCCUCCAAGCUGCAGCUCAAGUCCACAUAUGACCAGAGAAGGUGAUGGAGACCACUGUGGGGCAUCACGAGCAGCUCCACCAUCAGAUAGUGAUGACGGGUUGUCACAUGUUCCUGCUGAUGAUGAUGAUGAUGACUCUCAAAACAAACACAGGCAAUGUUCUCACUGUGGAAUUUGUUUUGCUCAUACCAGUAGUUUGAAACAACACAUGAGAAUGCACACAAGAAAGAAAAACUUUUCCUGUUCAGAUUGUGGCAAAAAGUUCUCUCAGAGGGGACAUUUAAAUAGGCACACAAGAACCCACACUGGCGAGAAACCUUUUUCAUGCUCAGUUUGUGGCCAAACGUUCUCUCAGCGGGAAGGUUUAAAUGUGCACACAAGAAUCCACACUGGCGAGAAACCUUUUUCAUGCUCAGUUUGUGGCCAAAUGUUCUCUCAGAGGGUACAUUUAAAUAUGCACACAUUGACCCACACUGGCGAGAAACCUUUUUCAUGCUCAGUUUGUGGCCAAAUGUUCUCUCAGAGGGGGACAUUUAAAUACGCACACAAGAACCCACACUGGCGAGAAACCUUUUUCAUGCUCAGUUUGUGGCCAAACGUUCUCUCAGCGGGCAGGUUUAAAUGUGCACACAAGAAUCCACACUGUGGAGUGGAGCAUUACUCCAGAAUCGGUCACCCGGGCACUCAGGUGGGUGAAGAGGAAGGAACCCCCUACUUUCAACUCCAUGAGAUUCGCCUCCCGCCAAAGGCCAAUUUUGACAGUGGCAUCAUCCUGCGGUAG